AUGGACCGGGACAUUGAAGCCGGAAGCAUUGACACUAACAACAACAACAACAACAACAACAACAACAACAACAUUCAAAAGAACCAAAGCAACAACAUCGAAGCCGUCGACCAUGUCCCUCCUCUACCGCCCCGUCCCAGUCGCAAGUUGUCGGACGAUGGCGCAUCUGGAGCCCUACACGUAACGGCCGCUUCCAAGCCCACCACCCAAGUGUCGACCAUUGACAUCUCUACUCUGUCCUUCCCCGAUGGAUCGCGCGGCACGUUCUCGACCAGCGCGACAAGCGCGACAAGAUCCGUUGCGUCGCCCCAGUCGAGCGCCAGCGGCUAUACCUCUCCGCGCACCGACCCGACGGCAGAGACUGUGAGCGUCGCAAGCUAUCCGGCAACCCUCCGUCCACCUGGAGACCUGGCAGAUCUUGUCACCGGCGAGUUUAACAGGCGAAGCCGGGCAUGGUCUAUGCUGAGGACUCAGUCAUCUUCUGUCCAGCCCUUCGAGGCCAGCAGGACCGGCGCAUGCGACACCUUGGCCGGGUUCGAGAAGGAGUUCGAUGACAUCCCUGAACUAGGCGACAAGGGCAUCACCGACGAGCAGCGACUAUCACUCUGGAAGUCCAAGAUGAAACACUACAUGAUUCUGUCAUCCGCCGGAAAACCCAUCUGGAGUCGACACGGCGACACAAGUCUGAUCAACUCGUACAUGGGUGUGGUACAAACCAUCAUCUCCUUCUAUGAAGGCGCAAAGGACCCCCUACUCGGUUUCACCGCCGGCAACGCUCGCUUCGUCAUCAGCACUCAAGGCCCUCUUUACUUCGUGGCUAUUAGUAGACUAGGCGAGAGCGACGCCCAGCUUCGAAGUCAACUAGAUGCUUUAUACAUGCAGAUCCUGUCCACCCUUACACUUCCGACACUCAAGAACAUCUUCGUCCACCGUCCUUCCACCGACCUCCGAAAGCCACUAGAAGGAACCGAGUCCCUCCUCUCCUCCUUAGCCGAUUCCUUCACCAAGGGCUCCCCUUCCGCCCUCCUCGGGGCUCUCGAGUGUCUACGGCUGCGCAAAUCCCACCGAGCGACCAUCAACAACGCCUUCCUCAAGUGUCGCAGCGACAAGCUGCUCUACGGCCUGAUCGUAGCAGGCGGCAAGCUCGUCAGCGUGAUCCGGCCGCGCAAGCACUCGCUCCACCCGAGCGAUCUCCAGUUGAUCUUCAACAUGCUCUUCGAGUCCGGUGGCAUCCGCGCCGGUGGCGGCGAGAAUUGGGUACCGCUGUGUCUGCCGGCUUUCAACAACCGCGGCUACCUGUACAUGUACGUGAGCUUUUUCGACUCGGUAGAUACGGCAGCCGAGUCACAAGAAACCAACAACCCACCAUCAUCAUCACAAGACGGUGGUCCUCCUCCACCACAACCACAACCACCAAAACCAAUUCCCUCACCAGAUGAAGAAAUAGCCAUAAUCCUCAUCUCCGCCGACAAAGAGUCCUUUUUCGACCUCAAAUCCAUGCGCGACAAACUCGCCCUUCAACUAGCCAAGAACGGCUCCCUAGCCCUAAUCCAGUCCGCCGCCCGUCAGGGCCGUCCCCGUAUCGAGACUAUUCUAAACCUCAACAACACCCAAUUAACAACAGAAAGCCAAGGCCAGGGCCAAGGUCAGGGACAACUAAGCCACUUCCUCUACAAAUCCCGCGCAAACGUUCAAUUCUGCCAAUCCAGCCUUUCCCCCGCUUUCGAAUCCCCUUUAUCCUCCUCAUCCCCCGGUCCAUCCUCCUCAGCCCCAGAAAAAGGCUCAUCAGUUACCACCUCAUCGGAAAGACAACGAACAGCAGACAAAUUACUGGUCUCCCGCCGCCGCCUAAUGACGCUCUACCACCAUUUACACAGUUCCAUCCACGCCAAACAUUCGCAUCUCAAAGUCCUGCACUUGGUGAGCGAGGACGCGGCGAGCUUGGCGUGGAUCACGCCCGUGUUCGAGUUCUACUGCGUUGCCGGGCCGAAUAUGUCCAGGGGGGUCAUGACGCAGUGUGCGAACAAGGUGGUGCAGUGGGCCAAGAGGGAGGAGGAAAGGUUGUUUAUCAUUGGGGGUGGGGUGUUUUGA